AUGACUACAAAGCUUAAAUCUAUUCGAGCGGGACACAGAAGCGCAGUUUCUAGGAUUUUAAGAAGAUUUGAGGAGAGAAGUGAAACAGAAGAUAAACCGGAAGAGGACGAGUUAGAAACAAUUUUGGAUACAUUGAAGGAAAAGCAAGAUAUUCUAAAGGAUUUGGAUAAGAACAUUUUGGAUAGUGUACAAGAGGAGGAUAUAGAGCAAGAGAUACUUGACACAGAUGAGUAUAAAUUUAAUUUAGAGACGAAAAUACGCAAAAUUCGUAAAUUUAUUCAAGCUCAAACAUCAAAUUUAAAUGCAGCCGCUAGAAGUUUUUCGCCACACAAUGAGAUACUGCAACCCAUUCAAAAUGUUGGUCCUGUAUAUAGCAUAAGAGAUGACUCACAAAAUACUGACCUCAAUUUCACGUCUUUACGUUCAAAUUCAAGCGUCAAUAGCAGCAACUUUCAUAAACUACCGAAAUUGAAUUUACCUACAUUUGACGGAAACGUACUUGAAUGGCAAUCCUUUUGGGAUUCUUUUGAUUCCGCAAUUCACAACAACAACACUCUAACCGACGUUCAAAAGUUCAACUACCUAAAAUCUUUACUAGAAGGAGAAGCGUCAUACACCAUUGCCGGAUUUGCUCUUACGCACACAAACUACAACAAAGCUAUUGAACUCAUACAUGAAAGAUUCGGACAAAAGCAUAAGAUAAUUCAGUCGUACAUGCAAGCAUUACUAGACAUACCCGCACCAAAGAAUACGCUUACGCACCUUAGAAGCUACUACGACAGGACAGAAACAUACAUACGAGGCCUUGAAUCUCUCGGACAGGCUCAAGACUCAUACGGCUCGUUAUUAGUACCAGUCAUACUCAACAAAAUGCCCAGUGAAAUACGCAAAAACCUGACUCGUGAACACGGUUCAACAGAUUGGUUUCUCGGUGAUCUUAGGAGAUCUAUCUUUAAGGAGCUGGCCAUUUUAGAGUCUGGUAACAGUACAGAAACAGGUGAGAGUCCGAGCGCUACAGCUACGUUCUACACAAAUACAAAAUCACGUAAAAUCUGGCCAAAAAACAAUUCAACCAAUUCAACACAGAAAUCUCAUACCAUAAACUGUGCAUACUGCAAGGAGCCCCACUAUUCAUCAGAAUGUACUAAAUAUACUGAUCCAAACGACCGCAUGACAAUUGUAAAAAAGGAAAGACUGUGCUUUAAUUGUUUAGGGCGACACAGUGUAGCAGAUUGUAAAUCAAAAUCAAACUGCAAAAAAUGUAAAAGACGUCACCACACAAGCCUAUGCAACAAAGACCACGACAAAGAAACUGCAAGUACAAGUAGUACAUGUACAGUACAAACACACAACGCGGAGGAAUCUGAGACAACAGUUUUAUAUUCAUCUCUAGGCCGUGAUCGCCCAAAUGUUUUGUUGAAGACCACAAUUGCACCACUAAACUACAGAGGACAAACAAUUGACACCAAUAUACUUUUCGACGAAGGCGCCCAAAGGUCGUUUAUAACUAGGCAAGUAGCAGAUACAUUAGAUAUAAGACCAACAGGAAGAGAGGCAAUAGCAUUAUCGGGAUUUGGAGACACUGACAAGAACAGCAGAGUUCAACAACUAGAUACUGCAACAGUUAAGUUACAGACUAUUUAUGGCGACCAUAUUUCAGUAGAUGUUUUAAUUGUACCAAAAAUAGCCGCACCAUUGACGACUUACAUUCAUACUGCCAAAACUAUGCCGUAUUUACAACAUUUAAGAUUAGCUCACGCCGUAAAUAAAGAUGCAUCAUUUGAAAUAGGAUUACUUAUUGGAGCUGACCAAUAUUGGAACAUAGUUGAGGAUGAGAACAUCAGAGGCGAGGGACCUACAGCAGUAAGGUCCAAACUAGGAUAUCUACUCUCAGGACCUCUGAAAGGAACCCACUCAGUGAACACAAACGCAUCAAUGAUGAAUGUAAUUGUUUCAACCAAACGAGAAGAGUUUGAUCUAGAAAAGUUCUGGAAGAUAGAAACAACUGGGACCGAGAAUAUGGACGCCGAUUUUAAGUUUAAUCAGGAAUUUCAGGACGUGUAUGAAAAAACUUCGAUCCGUUACUAUGACAACCGCUAUUUUGCAAAACUUCCAUGGAAAGAGGACCACCCAACACUACCAUUGAAUAGACAUAUUGCAUAUCGACGGACAGUAAACGUUGUUAAUAGAUUAAGAAAAGAUCCAAACAUGUUAACAAAAUAUGGAGAAAUCAUCGCAGAACAGCAGAGAAGAGGCUUUAUAGAAAAAGUUGACGACAAAAUUCCACAAGACAGAAAAGUACAUUAUAUUCCACACCACCCGGUGAAAAAGGAUUCUGCAACUACCCCAAUAAGAAUAGUGUACGACUGCAGUUGCCGUGAAACACCUGAUAUCCCUUCACUGAAUGAUUGUUUACUAAACAUUCCACCAAAUCUGAACGACAUAGCUGCAAUACUUCUCAGGUUUCGUCUACAUAAAUAUGCAGUAACAACAGACAUCGAGAAAGCGUUUCUUAAUGUGGGACUAGAAGAAAAGGACAGAGACGUUACAAGAUUUUAUUGGUACAGCAACCCAACAGACCCAACAGGACAGUUAGUAACUUACCGUUUUAAAUCCGUUCUUUUCGGUGCAACAUGCUCUCCUUUUAUUUUGAAUGCUGUUUUGCUGAAACAUUUGAAAGACAACGUGUGCACCUGGACAGAGAGGUUAACAAAUGACCUGUACGUCGACAACAUUAUUUCAAGUUUUUCAGAAGAAAACGAUUUAAUAAAUUACUACAACCAGACUCGACCAUUAUUUGCCAACGCAGGAUUUAAUCUUAGAUCAUGGGCUUCAAAUAGUGAGAUAUUACAGGAAUUUGCAAGAAAAGACAGUGUUGUGGACAAUGACAAAAUUAUCAAGGUACUUGGUUUAAAAUGGAAUGCUGAGAAAGACACAAUUACAUUUGCUAAAAAGGAUGCACUUGGUAAUAAAAACAAAGCUGUUACAAAACGAGAUGUACUAAAACAGACAUCUAGAAUAUACGACCUGUUGGGAAUUUUAAGCCCAAUCACAGUGAGAAAUAAAAUGUUUUUACAGGAGUUAUGGACGAAUGGACAUGAUUGGGACCAGUCGUUAUCGUCAGAAUUUACAAAACAAUGGACAGAAAUCGCUCAAAAUACAGAAAAGGCGCUAGAAACGGAAAUACCCCGCAUGUACCUUCAAGGAGAGGAAGAUAUUUCGAACUCAACCCUACAUAUAUUUACUGAUGCAAGUGCUAAAGCUUACGGAGCAUGCGCAUAUAUUGUGACAGAAAAACAAAGUUCGCUUGUUAUGGCAAAAAGCAGAGUUGCUCCGUUAAAACAGAUAACAAUACCAAAGCUAGAGUUAAUGGGAGCAGUAAUUGGCGCAAGGUUAUUGGAUUAUAUAGGAAAAAAUAUACAUUUUUCUACCGCAUUUUUAUGGACUGACAGCCAAAUUGUCUUGCAGUGGAUGAACACAACAAAACCGCUUAACGUCUUCACAAGAAACAGAGUACAAGAGAUCAAGAAACUUAAAGAGAAAUACCAAUGGAAAUAUUGCCCAACGAACUCAAAUCCAGCUGACCUUUUAUCGCGUGGAGUAGACUUUGAUAAAUUUGCCGACAGCGACCUCUGGUUUAAAGGACCAACGUGGAUUAACGAAGAAAACUUGUGGCCUAAGUGGAAUGGCAAUGAAACAAUAAUUCUUACAAAUUUAGAAGACACAGAAAAUACACAAACUACCGAGGAUAACACAGACAGGAAUUCUAUUAACAUUGCCCAUAUUUCUGGAAUAGUAGACAUUUCAAGGUUUGACACUUCCAAUAAGUUGCUACAUGUUACUGCCUACGUCAUCAGAUUUAUUGAAAAUUGUAGGACAAGACAAAGGACCACUAGUCAAUUGGCCGUGAAUGAAAUAGACAGAUCAGCAUUAAUGUGGAUAAAAGAUAUUCAACAAAACAGAUACUUGGAUAUUUACGUCGAUUUAGAAAGAACUGGAAAGUCAAAACAUUCUCUGUUCAAACAACUUAAAUUAUAUUUGGACGAGGACAAAUUAGUUCGUUGUGCGGGAAGAAUACACAAUGCACCGAUUAGCGAUAUGGCGAAAUAUCCGAUACUUUUACCAGCACAUGACAAACUCACAAAUUUGAUAAUACAAGAUGCACAUAAGCGAAGCUUACAUUCAGGAGUUAACGGCACAGUUACAUUAUUGAGACAAUCUUACUGGAUACCGCAAAUCCGUCAAAACGUGAAAACUAUUUUGCGUAAAUGCGUCACAUGUAAAAAAGUUACAGGACAACAUUACCGUACCCCAGAAGCACCACCUUUACCAAAAGACAGACUGCGCGAAGCGCCUCCUUUUACUGUUACUGGUGUAGAUUUUACUGGAGCGUUAAAAGUAAGGAAUAAGAAUGGAAAAGACAGUAAGGCAUACAUAUGUCUUUUUACGUGCGCUAGCACCAGAGCUGUACACUUAGAAAUAGUUACAGAUUUAACAGAAGAACAGUUUAUUUUAGCUUUCCGUAGAUUCUCAAGUAGGAAAUCACUCCCAAAAAUCAUGUUAUCUGACAAUGCGACAACAUAUGUAGCAUCAGCGAAAGAAAUUGAAAGGCUAACUUCAUCACCAACACUUCAAGCAACAUUGAAUAGUCAAGGGACAGAGUGGAAGUUCAUACCGAAGCGAGCGCCUUGGUAUGGCGGUUUUUGGGAAAGACUUAUUGGAUUAACAAAAAAUUGUAUCAAGAAAGUUUUAGGACGAUCUUAUGUGAGUUUAGAUGUACUUAAUACUACAGUAAUAGAAGUAGAGGCGAUUCUAAAUGACCGUCCGUUGACAUACAUAUCUACAGAUCCGAUAGACGAGGACCCACUGACUCCAUCUCAUUUAUUAUAUGGAAGGAAAAUCGUAUCAUUACCGUAUCCUAGCAACCAACACGUCGACGACAACCUUGUACAAGACUUUACGCAUUCUUCCUCAAACAAACUUUAUACAGUACAAUGCCAGAUAAUUAAGUAUUUCUGGUGUAGAUGGAAGAAGGAAUAUUUAACCGCUUUACGCGAAUUUCAUCGCAUCAACGGUAAUAAGGAACAGGAUAUCAAAGUUGGUGACAUCGUUCAAAUAUACGACGAAACUCCCAGGAUUAAUUGGCAACUAGCUAUUAUAAAAGAACUUGUUUUUGGACAAGAUGGACUCAUAAGGUCAGUUAUGUUAAGAACGAAAAACGGAAUAACAUCAAGGCCAAUAAAGAAACUUUACCCUUUGGAAAUAAGUACGAAUGAAGUCAACACAUGCGACACAAAGGAACAGGAUCAUGAUUCAAACUCACCGAAAGAUCGCAAGGCAAAACGUGUAGCAGUAGAACGAAUCAGGACUUUGACUACAGGGAGAACAUGA